UAUUUUUGCAUUCAAGAUACGGUUACACUAUUCUUUUUGUAUUAAAUUGUAAUUUUGUAAGACUUUUACAAGUCUCCGUUUUUGUUCUAUAUUUUAAUUUUUACCGUAUAAAACUGAACAAAAGAGUAUGCCACCCCCAAGACCGAAGGGGAUAGGAUUUAAUACAGGAGCUACCCAACCCAGAUCGAACUCAAAUACGCCCAUGUCGGAAAGGCAACAAAUGGCUUUACUUAUCCAAAUGACAGCUACCUCCUCGACAGAUUCAUCCCGCACCAAUUUAAAGAAGAAUGAAUGCAAAAAAGGAGACACAGAGAAUGAUGAGAGCAGUCUGAACGAAAAGCAAGAAGUCCUUGACACUAAAGACAAAUCUUCAGCGGAGGAAAGCAGUAACGAUGGUAAAAACAGUGAUUCGAAUCAUCAAGGAACUUCGGCAGCCAAGCGUUGUUACUCAGACAUAGAGGAGGAUUACGAGGAAUCUGGGGAGGACGUAAAGAAAAAGAAGCGCAAGGAUUCAGAGCAUGGAAAGGAUUUGAAGGGAGCCUCUUUAAAACUUUCCUCCAGGGUCGAGAAAGGCUCCAAGUUAGCGGCAGCGAAGGGAUCCCCAUCUGGAAAUAAAGGCAGUGCAGCAAACGCCGAAAAGGAGCAGGCAGAGACUACAAAGAAUGUGGAUAUUGAGAAUGAAACUGAGUGCAGUGAUGAUUACAAGAGUAAUGACAGCCUGUACAACGGAGGACUUAAGGUGCCGCCACUGAAGAUUGUGAUACCGCAACAGAACUGUUCAAUUGACACCGAGGGCAAUGUGCUGAGAACCGGCAAGGUAACUGCCUCCCGAAAUGCGGCCCUGCCCUAUGUGGUUAGCUCUAACAGCGAUUCCAUCGACACCGUCAUAACCAAUCAAUCUAUUAGCCCGCACGAGAGUCCCCAGAAGAGCAAUAGUAUUUGUUCAACAGUCCUGGACGACAAGAACAUAAAGCUCUUUAAUGAUGAGAAGAAUUUAAGGGUCCUGCGUAGCUCACAUCGCACUGGAGUAACUAGUGUUGAACGCAGUUCCAACAACUCAUCCCCGCAAAUGCAGAGCAGCUCGCCUUCGCCAGCGUCAUCCAAUCAUGCCAACGACCCUGCGGAUGUAAAGCUAUCCUAUGGCAACAUGACUUCUAGUCCAAUUCCGCAAGGCCACCAGUUUGACCAAGAGACAAUCACCAAUGUUCCGAGCCCCUCAACAUCGUCAACUUCCUCAUCCAAGGAAAUAAAUCCUUCGAACGUCGAGCUUCAUCCCCGGAAGCGAAAAAUACGGCCGAAGAACACCGACGACAGUUCGAAAAAUUCAAAUGCGGCCGAUUCUGGUGUGAAUUCCGAAGAGUCACACCCUCAUGAUCAUCCAUUCACCAAUGGUUUCCAGAUGUUCUUGAGCAUCCGACGUCAGAUCGAGAAGAAGUGGAAGAGCUUGUAUCCUGUGAAGCCGAGACCUCCGCAGGGAUACAACGAUUAUCUACUGACGAAGAAAUCCUACUUAUUAAGUCGCAAUGUUGAAACUUCAAUUCCCGAUAUACCUCGUACUGUGCCGCAGGCCAUGGAGCGAAUUUAUCAGGAUCAGGAAAAGGCCAGGCGAGACUUGAUCCAAGCCCAUACCGUGGAACGGGAAAAACUCUGUAUGAACGUUGAGCAGGAGAUAAUUCGGGUCCAUUCUAAAGCAGCUAGGAGUAUAUCUGGCCAACCAGCUCCUUAUUCCGUUUGUACAUACUUAAAAGACGACGAAGUCUAUAACCUGAUCACACCUGAGCAGGAUGAGAAGGAAAAGAGUGCUCGCUGUCGAUUUAAUGGACGAUUGCUACUCAGCUGGUUGCAAGACGUCGACGAUAAGUGGGAAAAAAUCAAGGAAUCUAUGGUGCUGCGACAUCAUAACGAGGCCGAAAGUCUGCAUGCUGUUCAGGUCAUGGAUUGGAAUAUAUUUGCAAAACGAAAUAGGUUAUGCGACAACCCGAUUGAAGUUAAUUUGGAACAUGUUCCGAUCGUUUCAGUUGGAGAAGAUUUUGACACAUUGCCAACAUAACUGACAAAUGGAAAUGAAUAAAUUGUUACAAAAUUAAAAGCA